AUGUGUGGAUGGUUCACUUCGUCUUUUCUGGCAGCCAGAAUCAAUCACAUCCUGGAUCAAACUCAGCAGCAGCAGGGGCCAAGGAAGAGGCAGGAGGCCAAGCUGGACCUGGAGCCAAAUCGGAUGCGUUACGUUGCUGCUUACCUGCUCGCUGCCCUCGGUGGCAAUGAAAGCCCAGAAGCCAAGGACAUCAAGAAAAUCCUGGAGAGCGUUGGCAUCGAGUCCGAAGAGACGCGCCUGGAGAAGGUCAUCUCUGAGCUGAAAGGCAAGAAUGUGGAAGAGGUAAUCGCCACAGGUUACGGUAAGCUGGCCAGCGUGCCGGCGGGUGGUGCCGUGGCGGUUGCCAGCUCCGGAGCUGGUGGCUCAGGUGGAGCUGCAGCUCCUGCUGCAGCUGCUGAGGAGAAGAAGGAGGAGAAGAAAGAAGAGUCUGAGGAGUCCGAUGACGACAUGGGAUUCGGCCUCUUCGACUAAACCUUUUCAAAAAAUGAAUAAAGUUUUGGAGAAAAUAUUCUGGAAUGUUUUUUUUUUUCCGACCAAGCUUUGUCACUAUUUCAGCAUUGAUACAGCUUUUUUCAUUUCAGCCAGAAAAGAGAAAAAAUAUUUUUGAAAUAACUCUGAAGAAGAAAAAAACUUGAUAAAAGACAA